AUGUUUGGCCAACAGCUAAAAGGCACGACGUCCUUCCGAAGUAGCACUCCCGGAACGCAAAUGAAGUCGGCCAUGACGUCGGUCUGCCAAACUAUUCUGGACGCGGGACGCCUCCCAGAUACCCCUUUGUAUUAUUCGGUGAAGCAGGCACAGAGUAGCUCCCCGUCCGUAACACAUUUAGCUCAAGCCGAACAAGCUUCAAUGCAGGUGGACAGCGCAUUUAGGUUAAUUUUUUCUUACACAUGGGUAAUUAGGGACUUUCAAGAUUUCUUCAAGAACCCACGUGGUUCGGAAAUUUAUAGCGAUAGGUUCACCUCACCGUCAAUAGAUUCGGCCACUCGGACCUCGGGGACCGAUAACAUGAGAUAUUCUUGGCGCUUGGUACUUUAUCCGAAUGAUGUCUUGCUUCAGGAGAAGAAUCAUAUUUCGGUCUUUCUCGUGUCGCACCCGAGCGAUUUCGAGAGGGAAAACGGUCUGUCCAAGAUUGUUAGAGUUGGCUUUGAUUUGUAUAAAAUUGAAGGCGAGCACAUUGCAACAUCGAUCCGCAAUGAUGGCACCUCGGAUUCGAUGAUGAAACUUUUAAGAUCUCAUCAACCUUCAACCGAGGUGUUUUACCUGGAUGACGAGAUAACCGACCAUGGGGUCCGAAAAUUCUGCGAGUUCGGGGGCCUAUUUCCCGAUGAUAUCGACGGAUCCACGUCAAUUGCGAUCCGAGUGAAUUUUUAUCAUGCGGACGAGGUUAUAGAUGCCAGACCUCGUUCCAACGGUGGAAACGUCGAUUACCUCGGAUUCUUCAAUAAUCCGGUCCGUAGCGACAUCAUAUUCCGAUUAGAUUGUGGGUCUCAGAUCUAUGCCAACAGCGAAUUUCUUGCGGAAAAGUCACCUUUUUUCAAAGGGUUGUUUGAAGAGUUGACCGUGGUUCCCGAAAAACGAAAUCCGGGCGCAAAACGGGUUUUGAUUCGGGAAACAAAAUACCUUUAUUUCAGAAUGAUGAUCUAUUUCGCCUAUACCGGAAGAAUUGAGCCGAAGCACGAGAAAUUGUCCUUCGAGGACUUGUUACAUUUGAUCGUGGUGGCGCAAUCAUUCGAAUAUAGAGAAUUCGAAGGGUUGAUUCUAGAGAGACUCGGAAAUGCCAUUGACCUAGAGAAUUGGGACGACAUCCUCAGGAUUAGCAAGAGGGUGAAUGAUGAUGAACUGAAAUACAAGGUAUUGAGAUUCGUCGGUGAAAAUUGGAAUCAGAUUAGAGGAACACGUAAGUUAAAGGAGUUGAUAAAUCUUGAUGAUUUCAACUUGACCGAGGAAUUGUUUUGGGCGCGAUUUAUUAAUCGUUAUUAG